AUGACAAGCCCCGAAACUCGCGACGCCGCGAUCCGCGAAGCAAAGCGCUACAUUCGCGACAUCGUCCGCAACGACUGGUGCUUCGAGCCCUCGACGUCAACCACAGGCCCACGCUUCCAAACCGCCUGGCCGAUCUCCGAGCGCGAAGUUAAGGAAUGGCGGCCGCGCGACUAUGAAGACUCGUGCUCUGAGUUCGAGCCGGAGAGCGAUGAUGGGGAUGCAGAGCUGGAGAGGGAGAGGGAGAGUUUGGGGUCUGGGCCGGAGGAGCGGAGGAGGAGGUGGAGGAGGGCGGUGGAGGAGGAGAUGCGGUGGAAUGAAGGGUUGAGGACCUGGAUGGAAAGACGGGAUGCGUGGUCGGGGGCUAGGACGAGGAGGGAGAUUAGCGAGAGGGAAGAGAGGUUACGGGAUGGUGGUGCUGGUGCUAGUGUUGCGGUUGGGGAUAGAGCUGCUACGGGCGUCGGUGCUGCGACGGAUGCUGACGGUUCUGUGCUGGCGGCGAAGACGGAGGAGGCACUUACGCUCACUGGGAGUGAUGCACAAGAAGAUAAACCGCAACAACCCACCGAGUCGAAUAUCACAGAAUCCGACCCUCUACCUGAAGACGACCACCAGCAUCACGAAAUCCCCUCCCCAGACCCUUCUUCGACGCCCUACUCCAUCGCCGACGAAUCCUACAUCCCCAUUGUCCCGUCCAUUCUCUCUGAAACAAACCCCAUCCGCGCCUCCAUCACACCAAGCAUGUACCCCUCCAUCUACAGCAAAGUCAUCGUGCAAUCCCUCACGCCCACAGUCCCCAUCAACCUCGCCGAUGUGACAAAAGCCAUGGUACAAGGCUGGAAAGCAGACGGGCAGUGGCCGCCGAAACCCACCACCACCAAUAUUGUUCUGCAAGACGAUGCGACGGUGAAGAAGAAGGACGAUGGUGAGAAAGAGACAAAGAAGAAAGGGGGUGUUGCGAGUGCUGUGCGCAAGGUACUGCAUUUCUCAGGAUUCCAUCCGCAUCAUCAUCCGUUCCAUCGGAGGGGUUCGAGUCAUGGGAAUGGGCAUCAUCAUGAGCAUGGGGGGAGUCCAGGGCCAUCGAAUGAGGGGAGAUAA